AUGAAUCUGACCAUUGGUACGGGAUGUGCUGCCACAUUAUGCUUGUUGCUCUCGUAUCUGCGACGGUGCAAGAACAAGCAAACAAACAGACCCAUUGCUUAUAUCCUCGUCAACCAAGUUACACAUGCACGUCUCCUGCCGGUCGAGUCUGCACAUGCUUUCACGUACCCGACGGUGUCUUUGCUACUACCGCUGAAGGCCCUAGAAAAGAAUGAUCUGGACUUGGCUGGAGGAUGGGUCUUUGGCUACGGAGGACUCUAUGGCCGGUUAACAGGCCUACGACCAUCUGGGUAUUUAACGGAUAACGAGAACGACGGCAAAUUCAUCUGGAGCAAGCUAGCCAGGAUUUUGGAAGGACGUGGCUACGAUUCUGACGCGCUCGAAGACGCGUGGAUGAUGACUAUGCCUAGUUUCCUUGGGUACGAAGGCAUCAACCCAUUGACGGUGUACUACUGUUAUAAACCCGAAGGCCAGCUAUGGGUGGUUAUACUAGAGGUCCAUAAUACGUUCGGCGAACGUCACGUCUACAUCCUAGAGGUAGGCAAAGGCGAAGAUCCCACACCUAAGGGCUUCGACCACCAGUGGACCUUCCCUCGUCACUUUCACGUAUCCCCGUUCAACGACCGUGAAGGUUUCUACAUCGUAUCCCUCACGGCCCCUUCGCACCCUCCCACGAAGUCACGUCACAAUCCAUCAUCCCCUGCCCCACGACCCAUAGUUCGCAUUCACUACCACCCACCAGAUGAACCUUCAUCCGAAGCUCCAGGCAAGCCAAGCAUCGGCCCUCUCAAGCUCUCCGCUAUCAUCCGUCCCGUCCUCUCCCUACCCCUCACCACCCCCGCGUGGCUCUUCACACUCGCGUCCUCCCCGUUCGCCCUUCUUCUCACUUCCCCGCGCAUCCUCUAUCAGGCAUGGAUCCUACACUACAGAAAGCGCCUGGACGUCUUCCCCCGCCCAGAGCCCAAGCCCGCCACAGAGGCCUGGGACCCUGACAUCGCGUUUCCGGCAGGCGAUCGCGGUGGUAUCGGCUGGCAGCCUGAGGGACCUUUGGAGAAGUACGAGCGUAAGCGCGUCGAAGCCUUCCUAGCGACUCGUGCGACGGAAACAGGCGUCCGAGUGACACUCAUACCGGGGAAGCCAUCUGAACCAGCGUCUGACUUUCCUGCUCACGAAGGAGCCGAGCGAGAACACCUGAAGGUGUACUACCUAUCCCCGAGAAUUUUCACAAUCAUCUUUCUCUGUCCGUCCGCUGCACAUGCCCUUCUACUGGGGAGUGAAUCUGAGAAGAUAUUCGUCCCCUCCUCGCCUGAGCUGUUCCUCUCAGUGUUCAAUCCCUCUUCGUCCGCCCUGCACGGCGACCAGCAGCUUAGUGCCGGUCAGCAAUUGCGCUUACGACCCAUACCACAUGCAGUGCGCUCCUCUUCAGACUUGCAAAUCCCUGCCGCUCAUGCUCUCGAACUUCACUCACGAGGUUUGUCGCGCUUACCCAGGACAGCGCUGGCGAUAUCGGAUCUGAUUGUAUUAUGGAUUCUACUGGCUCUCGAGCGGUUCGAGCAGUUUACUUUCACUGCCCUGCGCGCGCGCUUCGUUCCCGGACAGGAGCCCUGGAAUGCAUGGGAACGAGCCAGCGUAAUUUUGGAAUGUAAGAAACAUCCGCAAUGA